AUGAAUUUGUCUCUUGUCGAUCCCUUUGUCCUCGCUCAGGAUUAUCCAGACACAUUAACGGAGAAGCUGAGAAGUGGACAUGCGACUUGUCUACGGUUUAAUCGCAAGGGAGACUAUCUUGCGUCUGGACGGGUUGAUGGAACAGUAGUCAUCUUUGAUGUGGAAACCAACGGGGUUGCGCGAAAGCUACGAGGUCAUACCAGGCAGAUUCAGUCACUGAGUUGGUCAAGAGACGGUCGUUAUCUUCUGAGUUCUUCUCAGGACUGGAAAUGUAUUCUAUGGGAUUUGAAAGAUGGCUCCCGAGUCCGCACCGUCCGCUUCGAAGCACCUGUUUAUAUCGCAGAACUACACCCUUAUAACCACUUGCUCUUUGUAGCGUCUCUCUUCGAAGAUCAGCCUGUCCUCGUUGAUGUUUCUCUACCCAAGCCCGUCAAGCGAAUCCUUCCAUCCGCUCCGUUCCGUCCUCCGCCUCCGAAGAACGAAGAAAUCGACCCCGCCGUAGCUGCAAAACAAGCAGCUCAAGAUGCGAAACAUUCCACGUGCGUUACGAUCUUCACUGCUCUAGGAAACCAUAUCAUAGCAGGUACAUCUAAGGGUUGGAUCAAUAUUAUUGAGACACAAACCUGUACCACAAUACAUUCCACUCGGCUCUGCAAUGGUGUGGUGAUCUUACUCCGCUUAGCGAGUAACGGUCGGGAUCUACUAGUCAACAGCUCUGAUCGUGUCAUACGCACGAUCCUCAUGCCAGAUCUCUCACAACUGGGUAUCGAUCUGGAGCCUACCAACAUCAAACUCCAAGUGGAACAUAAGUUCCAAGAUGUGGUGAACCGUUUAAGCUGGAACCAUGUAGCAUUUUCUUCCACUGGGGAAUUUGUUACUGCGUCCACGUUCAUGAACCCUGACAUUUAUGUCUGGGAGCGAAGCCACGGCUCCCUGGUCAAGAUUUUGGAAGGCCCGCGCGAAGAACUAGGAGUGGUCGAGUGGCACCCCAGCCGCCCGAUGGUGGUUGCCUGCGGCCUAGAAUCUGGGUGCAUCUAUACGUGGUCGAUCGUAACGCCGCAGAAAUGGUCAGCCCUAGCCCCUGACUUCGGCGAAGUUGAAGAGAACGUCGAGUAUGUCGAGCGCGAAGAUGAAUUCGAUAUCCACCCGGCAGAGGAAAUCCACCAGCGCCGUCUAGACCAGGAAGACGAAGUCCCCGACGUUCUCACAAUCGAACUGAACAAAGACGGUGCGGAUGAGGAUAUCGUUGCCUCAUUCCGCAUGCCUGUCCUUCUUGAUAUUUCGGACAGUGAAAGCGAGGAUGAUAUCAUCGCUGUUGGGCCCGGGACGAUGAGGAGGCGUAGUCCAGGCGCAGCUCGUGACCGAACGAAUGCCAAUGGGGAUGGGGAGAAGGACAGUGUAAAUGGCGGUAGGAACGGCAGCACACGAGGUCAAAAGGGCCGGCGGCGUUGA